AUGGUCGGAGAUGUGUGGGCACAGGCGAGGAAUAGCAGGCGGAGGAGGAAGAGGAGGAGGGCCGCGGACGAGGUGCAGAUGCGCGUCAGUAGCGCGGCUUGUUUACGCGGGCGCGGCGCGGGCGGGAGCGGCAAGUGCAGCAGGCAACAGAGCGCGCGUGGCCGCAGCCGCAGCAGCAGUCGCAGCACGAGCGCCCGCACACCCCGCAAGCUGGCCGGCCUGCAGCACAGCGCCGCCAUGGCGCCCUGGGCCGGCGCCGCCCCCGCCGCCUGGGGGUGGCCGGCGCCGCCCCCGCAGCCUCCCGCGCCGCCACCGCCGCCGCCCGUGUCGGCGGCCGACCAGCCGCUCGACUUCUCGCUCGCCAAGUUCCAUCACAACAACAACAACGACUCACCUCCCGCCGCCCACGCCGCCCUCUUGGGCCGCCGGCCGCACGCCGUCACGCCCCCUCGCGCGCUACCCGACGCCGCCUCCGACGCUGCCGAAGACGACGCCACCGGCCGCGACUCGUCGGACAACUCCUCCGACAACUCGGACGUCGCCCCCGCGUCUCCGCCUCCAGGCCAAAGCUCUACCAAACUAAGCCCGCCUCACACUUCGGAAUGCAGAAGAGAACCACUGGUGGAGGAAAAGCUGCGAGGGUUAUACGGAGUGGUCCCACGGUCGCUGUGGCCUCCGGAAGCGGCGCUGUCGUGGUCCCCGGAAGAGGCCCGCUGCACCGCCGCCACGCUGCACGCGCGCCUCAGGGGCAUCCAUGCUGGGGUGGAGCGGGGAGGCGACGCGGCCGGAGACCACGACGCGCUCUCGCCCACACGCGCAGGCAGCAGCAGCGACUCGGAGGCUGCAGCGCCGGCGGCGAGGGUGGGCGUGGCCGUCGGAAGCCCGCCCGCGCACCGCCCCGCUGACGACGACGAUGACGAGGACGACGACGACUCGGUGGCGUCGGCCGACAGCCGCGCCGCCCCCGCGCACGCCGCCCUCAACCUCGUGACGGAGGUGGUGUCGCAGCGUAGCUCCGGAGGCGGGUCGCCGGGGCCACCGAUGACGCCGGGGGCAGUUCCGGGGGCGGCGUCAGGGGCGGGGGCGGCGUCCGCUUCCGCCUCCGUUCAGGCCGCGCUACUCUCCCUCAACCAGCUGAUGAGCCAGGGACAGCAGCUGUUCUUGCAGAAUCAGCUGGCUGCUGCAGCAGCAGCAUCAGGCUCUCUUGGACUGGGCUCCAGUACACAGCAAGUUCUGCAGCAGUUUGUGCUUUUCCAGCCUGGAGCCACUUCUUCACCCACUGCUCCAGCUCCUGGAAGCCAGGCACAUUUCUUUCUGCAAAGUCGGGUGCAGCAUGCAGUGGCGCAAGCAGCACAACAGCUGCAGCAGUUGCAGAAGCAACAGGCAUCACAGCAACACAGUCAUGCUCAUGGACCAUCUCCCCACAACCAUCAUAACCACCACCACCACCACAAUCACCAUCACCAACAUCACAAGGCUGGUGCAACAGUGAUGAGGACUCCAGAACCACAACCACCAGGCCCAGAUGAGACAACUGACCUGGAAGAAUUGGAACAGUUUGCAAAAACUUUUAAGCAGCGACGCAUAAAAUUGGGAUUCACUCAAGGUGAUGUUGGACUUGCUAUGGGGAAACUAUAUGGGAAUGACUUCUCACAAACCACAAUCUCCAGGUUUGAAGCUCUAAAUCUGUCAUUCAAGAACAUGUGCAAAUUGAAGCCACUGUUACAAAAGUGGUUAGAGGAUGCAGACAGCUCAGCAAGCAACCCCGGCUCCUUAAGCAACCCUCUGACAACACCAGAGGCUGUAGGCCGUCGUCGCAAGAAGCGCACAUCUAUUGAGACAAGUGUCCGUGUAGCACUUGAGAAGGCUUUCCUACAGAAUCCAAAGCCAACAAGUGAAGAAAUUGCUGUGCUUGCUGAAAGUCUGGUCAUGGAAAAGGAGGUGGUGCGAGUAUGGUUCUGUAACAGGCGCCAGAAGGAGAAGAGGAUCAACCCCCCGAGUGCGGCGAUGGGCGGGCCACCCGGCAGCAACACCCCUAGCAGCGGCAGUGCCGGCGGAGCGGGCUCCGGGAAUGGCAGCACUGGCAGUACCACCGUGUUUGGCCACCUGGCUGGGCCCCUGGCUGCCACAGGCGCCCUGAGCAUCAACGCCCACGCGCACGCCCACCCUCACCCUCACCCUCACCCACACCCGCACCCGCAUGGCCCACUGUCGCUCGUCACAGGUGUGGGUGUAGGAGGACCUACAGCGAAUUACUCUGCUCCUGCUGUCAAGACGGAAUGACCUUUCUGAACUGUCAUGCCAUGGCGCAUGACAUAUUGACUGCUCUCGAUUGGUGGCAGUGUGGUGUCAUUCUCUACAUCAGUGAAUAUGUAUUCUGAAAGUAGCUGUAAAAACAGUGUAAAUAAUGGUCGAAGUCAUUCAGUAGAAGAAGAGCAAGAAACUGGACAGCUAAUCGCAUAACUGCAGACUCUUUAAGCGUGUGUAAACUACCCAGUUUUACAAAUUCAUUUGUAUCUGCUGGUGUAAUAGAAUCUAUUGACUUGGCACUGUCAAAGUGUCUGUAACAUAGUGUAAGUUAAGAGUGAAUUAUAUUGGGACAAUGUUGCAAACUGGCCACAGCACCAUGGGGAUGGGCCACUAUCACACUAUAUGAGGCUUGAUGGGGUCAAAUAAUGUUUUUAAAAAGUAAGGUCUUCUGUGUCAUAGAUGAUAGGAUGAGUCAGAUAUUACCAUGCUAAUUUUUUACAAAAAUAAUAAAUAAUGUUCUAUUUGUGGUAUUUAAUCUUCAUCACAGCCAAUACAGAACAAUUUGUUUAACAUUUCUAUCACAAAAAUUUAUCAAAAUAUGUAAAGUUUUACAUUGAGAAGUGUUUUACUCAUUUUGUCCAUAAUGAGAUCAGUAGUAAUCAUUUAUAAAUUUCCAAAGAAUAUUUGACCAAGUUAUUGCCUGAUCUCAAGAAGUAUAAUUUUUUAACUGUAGCAAACUAAAUUUAUGGACUCCCUUUUGGUACUUCUUGCUGUUCCUCAGAGAUCAUUACAUUAUGUAACGUAUUUCUUCCAUGAAGAGAGUGAAAGGAAAGUGUAAUAGUGGAAAAUGUCUUCCAUCAAAGAAGUUCCUAUCAAUUCUAGUAUUAUCUGAUAUGUAAAUGCAAUAUAUAGUCGUUUGUUUGCGUGUAAUGUCCUCAUUCAUCGGUUGAACUUUUUUGGAAAUGCCAUUAAAUUUGACCCAUGCUCAUGUGCUGAUGGUCAGCAAACAUAUGUUCAUAUGUAGGUGUGUGUGAUCAAGACAAUGCCGUACCUAUGCACCCCAUGUACCCACCCGUCAAAGCAGGGUUCCUCAUCAAAUUCUGGGCAGGACAUGGGCAGCUGUGUGCGGCACAACCCGAACUCUCGACUUUCAUUCUCUGCUUGUCAAGAGGACCAAGAAUAAAGUGAAAGUUCCUAUUGCCAUCUUGGCACAACCAAAUAUGGUUUGAAAUGUCGAAUGAGUUUCGGUUCUUUUUUAUUUCAGUGUGAAAACAGAUGUAUUGUGUACUCUUUUAAAUUUAAAUUAUGAUCAUAAAAGCUAAAAAUAUAAUAGCAGAGUUCAUCAUUUUAAAAUUCUGCUUAAUAUUGUUACUUUUCACUGAUUUCUUCCUAUGAAAGAUCUUCUCAGUCUGCUUUUCUCUGUGUUUCCACCAUUGCAAAGGACGUUUCUUGGAAAUACCAAAAAUUAAGUUACCUCUGAGGUCAUACAAGUGUUUUUAUUUUCCUUGGGCUGUUAACCGUUAUUGUUGUAGGAUAUCGAUGUUAUUACUUUAUACCUGAUUUUGUUUAGAAUUUGGAAUAGAUUGACCAAAUGUAAGCUAGUAGCAACCUAUAUUAACAAAUGGUCAUGGUGUUUAUAUGACCUUUUGUACUGUUGUGUACUAUCUUGUGACUUCCUUCUUUUCCUUCUUGCAAUUACUCAUUGCAAAAAAAGUCAUGUGUAUCUAUUCACUACUGUAGACUAAAUAUGAGCUGUAUUGUAAAUCUAUUGUUUCUAAUCUAUCCACUUCCAAAGACUACAGACUGAGGCUAUUGAAGGUGGCUUCAAAAAUUCUUUUUUAUUGGUGUGAUAUAUGUCGUCCAUAUUUGUUUCUUAAGGUUCAUUGGUACAGAAUAUUAGGUUCUGUGCCAGCUUACUGUGGUAUUCUAUAAAUAGAAAAUACACAAGAAGUAGGAACCAUCUGUUGUCAGCAUGUGUCUUGUCAUCUUGUCACAGUAACACAAACUUUAUAUAUCACAUUGUGUUAACUUAGAUGUUUAGAAAUGAUAUAAUAAAAACUGAGCAUAAAAUGAACCAAUCAAAUUUCUGGCCUCAGGAGUGUAAAUUACUUAUUUUAAACCUAUUACUUUGAUUGGUUCAUUCUGAGAACUCUACUUGUAAAAGAAAUAUAUAGCUGAUGAACUUCAGUUUUUAAAGAUUUUUCAAAUAUAUUAUGAGCAAAGAUGUUUUUCAAUUUUAUGGAAGUUUGUUGAUGAAGGAGAUUUAUAUAUUUGUGUCUGUGGAGAGAUGAUGUGAAACCUGAAAAGGACUCCUUCAGAGCAGCUAUCCUUUUAUUUUAUGACUUAUUUCAAACAAUUUUGAUACAUAUCAUUCUGAAUUUGGUGUACAAAUUACAAAAGUUGUUUUGUUACUUAUCUGUUAGAUAUUUAAAUUGUUUGAAGUUUGGUGAGUUGACUGUUUUAAUGCCAUUUGCACUGUACAGUGAUUGCUUAUGCUAAAACUGAUAUAUGUAAUUUUUUUCCACACACAAAGCAGCCACCUGCCACUUUGUUACUGCCUUACAUUAUUGUUUCUGUUCAGAAAAGAUGUACACCCUGCCAGUCCUUACAUGGUUUAAGUUAUUAUGCUUCAUACAUGGCCUAAUCAAUUAUCUGUCAAUUUCUUACACUGUGGCUGAGUAAAAUUGUGCUGCUAUUCUGUUGUUUUCUACAAAGGACUCCAAUCAUUGCGGGUUAGCAAAUUUUGUCCUUUUGAACAUGUCAUUGUUUCAUGAUCUUGCUUAAUAUUAUAAAGUGGGAAAAACUUCCAUAUGUAUAUCUAAUAUUUUAUUCUACAAUACAUACAAAGUGAAAUAAGAAAAAAAUAUUUGAAGUUGUGAACUUUGUAAGAUAUAUUCCAUUCUUUUUACAGGUAUGACUUAAUUAAGCAGUUGAGUGCCCCCCCCCCCCCCCCAAAAAAAAAAGCCAAACUUAAAUAAGUUGUGAAGCAGAUUUGCUAUUGUAGACAGCAGUUAACUCUUGUUUCUGCAUGAGUGUACUGUUUAUAAAGUCAGCAGAGAAGUAUUUUGAUUAAGGAAAAUAUCCUAGCUAUGUCGCUGAUGUACUUUCUCCACAGUCAUUAUUCAAUGUGAACUACAUUUCUGAUCAGUGGAGUUCAGUAUCAAAACAGCUACUAAGCAAAUGAAAGUGAAAUAUGUUAACUGUACCAUAGAUAACACUAUUUAUAACUUUACUUUGUCCAUUGGCAGUGUUGAUAUUUCAGUUUGUAACAAAUGAGAAUUGGUCAGAUAAGAAGAUACAUUUGGUAGUUGUGUCUUGUUAUAGCUGAAUUUUUAUUAUGAAACAUGUCACUUAAAUGGAAAGUGAGAUUUAUGUUUAAAUAUUAAGGCAGUAGAUAUUCACUUACCUGCUGACUAUUUGCAUCAUAUAUCUUCUGUGUCUGCAAUCUUCUCCAUUUUAUUCCAUCCAAAAAACUGCUGACAAACAAGUAACAAGGUGUGCAGUGGUGUUACACAAUACUAUGGGUUCAGAAAACCUAACCAAGAGACAUAAGAAAAGGGAAUUAGUUGCUUGUAAAUGAAGGGUGUGUGUGGAGAAAUUUUGUUUCUAAGCUAAAGGUGCUAGCAAAUAACAGAAAUAUUCUAGAUGUAUGAACAUCAGAAGGUAGCUUCAUUUUUGUUACACAUUUUGUUUAAAUGAUUUGAUGAUUGUAUAUUUAAUGAACAAUAAGUUUUUAUAUAAAUACUUGUGUUUCAAAGAUAUAAUUUUGCCAUUGUUAAUACGAGGUGUAAGAGUGGGGGCAGGGGAACAAGUACAGGAUAUGCACAUUGGAGCUACCUGGUUGUACAGAAACUGUAAAGGAAAUAUAUGUUAUAUUAUUUCAUGGUGUUUUGACAAGUAAUGCAUAUCUGUACUGUACCUGCCCUCUGAUUAAUGAAGAAAUAGGCAAUAAAAUUAUAUUGCACAUUA